UCAGCACCAGGGUUGCAGACAGCAGUUUGGUACAGGCUAAUUUCAGCACCAUUCCUCCACAGUCCAACAAACCCAACAGAUCGACCAUGAGGCUUUUACACGUCCUAGGUUUCACCCUCUUGCUCUGUGCCCUGUGCGUGAAGGCAGAGGAGGUAGAAGUUGAAGAGGGCAGCCCUGAAGAUGUAGCAGAACCAGAGGAAAAAGAAAAGACAGAUGAAAUUAGAGAGGAAAAAGAUGUUUUGGUCCUUCAUAGUGUCAACUUUGAUAGAGCCCUAAGAGAGAACAAGUAUCUGCUUGUGGAAUUUUAUGCUCCAUGGUGUGGUCACUGUCGUACUCUGGAGCCCAUCUACGCUGAGGUGGCUGGACUACUAAAAAAAGAGUCUUCUGCUGUAAGAUUAGCCAAAGUGGAUGCGAUAGAAGAAAGGGACCUUGCAGAGGAGUUCAACGCCAACAGCUUUCCAACUAUUAAGUUCUUAAAAGACGGCAACAGACAAAACGCCACAGAUUUUUCUGGAAAGCGAACUGUUAAGGGUAUCACAAAGUGGCUUGAGCGUCACACGGGGCCCAGUGCUUCUGUUCUUGAUGAUGUGAAGAGCGCAGAGGCACUUCUGGACUUACAUGAUGUGGUUGUGGUUGGAUUCUUCCAGGAUCUGGAGGGGGAUAAUGCAAAGACAUUCUAUGAUGUAACCUUAACAUUAAUGGAUGUAAACUUUGGCAUCACAAGCAACACAGAGCUUUUCAAGAAGUAUGAUGUACAGAGUGAUUCUGUGGUACUCUUUAAGAAGUUUGAUGAUAAGCGAGCAGAUAUGCCAAUCUCUGAGGACGGCAAGCUGGACAAAGGGGAGCUUAUUUCCUUCAUCAAUUCUAAUCGUAUGGAACUUGUCAUUCCAUUUGAUGAGGAGAACGCAGAAUUAAUUUUUAGCUCUAAGGUCCAUAAACACAUCCUUCUAUUCAUCAAUUCAACCGUGAAAUCCCACAAUGAAGUACUAGAGGAUUUUAGAGCUGUCGCCAGUGAGUUUAAGGAUAAAGUACUCUUCAUCUUGAUAGAUGUUUUGUCUGACAAAGUGGGUCACGUGCUGAAGUAUUUCAGUGUAUCUGAAAAUGAUAUUCCUAUUGCUCGCCUCAUCAACACUGACACAGUGCUGAAAUAUGCAAUGGAUGGAUCCACCGUCAACAAAGACACACUGAGAACAUUUUGCCAGGGUGUCCUGGAUGGUACCGUCAAGCCCAAUUUGAAGAGUCAAGAAAUUCCUGAGGAUUGGGACAAGAAUCCAGUUAAAGUCCUUGUAGGGAAGAACUUCAACGAAGUGGCUUUUGAUGAAACAAAGAAUGUCUUUGUGGAAUUUUAUGCUCCAUGGUGUGGCCACUGUAAGGAGCUGACACCUAUAUGGGACGAGUUGGGCGAGAAGUACAAAGACCAUGAGAACAUAAUUAUUGCAAAAAUGGAUGCCACGGAAAACGAAGUGGAGGAUGUCUCUAUACAGGGAUUCCCAACCAUUAAAUACUUUCCUGCUGUGGCUGAAAAAAAGAUGGUUGACUAUAAUGGACAGAGGGAUUUGGAGACUUUCACAAAGUUUCUGGACAAUGGUGGAGUGUUACCAGAAGAAGAGGAUAAAGAUGAUGAUGACAAUGAUGAAGAUGAAGAUGAGGUGUUGAAUGAUUCGACAGAGGAGUCACCAAAAUCUACCAAUGAAACCAGCAAGGAUGAGCUGUGAACAACAAGGAGUAAAUCAACUGAUUGAUGCUGAACCAAUUCAGUAUGAGAUCUGUGUAACACAUUGUUUUAUCACAAAUCAAUGUUAUUUUCUCUGCACUGGACCAUUUAACUAAAUACCUGACUAAUUUGAAUAAAACUGACUUAAUAAU